CUGCUUAAUACCUAUGACAAUCGACAUACAUAUGUACCCCAUAGCAUCCGGCUGGAUUGAAUCAUGGGCAACUCCUUAUUUUUGGAAGAGUUUCUUUUUUCCCACUUUUUUUUUCCUUUUUUUUUCUGCCUCCUUGGGAGACCCAGUGAAUUACUAUCUAAUGAGGGGUGAACUUUGCAGUGUGAUUGUACUUGAAAAAUGGGCUUAGCGCCCUGUUGGCAGGCGGGGCCAAUGUGAUAGUGAGGAGUUAAGUUGGGAGCAAAUUAAAAAAGAUGAUGGACUAUGGACCGUAGCCUCAGUUCGACUAGGGUAUCAUGGGAGUCGGGACGGGUUCAACGAAAGGUUUAGUGGGGAUGGAGUCGAACCGCCCCGAAACAGGGCAGUGUUUGACGAGGAUGCAAGCGCCGGAGCCAGGAAGGCAGCUCCAGGGAUGGGGGGAUGUGUGCCAUCUGUACGAAGGGCCGCCAAUAAUUCC